AUGUAUCAACAAUGGAUUACAGCAGCGAUUGCGUUUACUAUCACAUUUGCUGGAAUUUUUAUAAAUGUAUCCGUAAUAUAUGCUAUCAAUAAAACUCCAUCCAUGAGCGGAUCAUUUGGUAUUAUAACGAAAAGUCAGGUUGUCUGUAACAUGAUAAUGUGCUCAAUAUAUGUAGUGUCUGUUCUUCCAUUGCAGUUGAGUUCCCUAUCCCAUUUUAUACCAAUCUCUCAUUAUUUUGGAACCGCUGCUCAGACUGUCUACGAAAUUUCCAAUUUAUCUCAUUUCCUAAACGCUCUCAAUCGGUGCUGUGCAGUAUUUAUGCCGUUAUGGUAUACUCAAAUUUUUAGUAACCCAAAAACUAUAUUCUAUCGUAAUUUCCUAUGGAUUUUUUCAAUAAUAUUUACCAUAUCAAUCUGUGAAAUUUUCCAAUGUUUUCUAGUGUAUGCGCCAAAUUUUUGGAAUUUUCAAUUUGUGAUCGACCCAGUUUGCGAGGAUAUAACUUGGUAUUUAGACUUUGUUUUUAAUGGUUCAAUAAUGCUAGUAACGUUAUUUAUUGACCUUUUGGUUGCUUAUAAGGCAAGAAAACACUCUAAAGCCCUCCCCGUUGGAUCCGAAUAUUUAAAAGUUUUACGAAAACGGGAUUGGAACUUUGUGCGGCAAACUUUUUUGCAGAUCGCAAAUUUUUGCGGUGUAUUCUCAUUUUACGUAGUGGCACCUCGUAUUAGCGAUGAUUGGAUUAUUUUGAAAUUUUUUGUUAUAUCGCUUUGGGUUUUUAUGCAUGCGUUAGAUGGGGCAAUAAUUAUGGCAUCAAAUGACGAGUUACGAGAUGUAUAUAAGAAAAGUAAGUUGUCAGCCGUCGCAAAAAUCGUAUUAAUACUUUCAGAGUCCGUGAUGGCACAUUCACCUAUUUUGUACAUUGUUCAAACGAGGUUGUAA